AUGUCACUUGCCAGUUCUAUUUCGAUAGUAGAAGACGCAAAAAUAAAAUUAACUCAAAUAAAUGGAGCACAAGGAACAGCGGUAAAAACAAAAAUAGAAACUGUGUUGGGGGAAAAUGAGGGUUACAAAUUGAUGGUUAAAAUAUCAAAUAUUUUAUCUGGAGACCAAGAAAAUUUUGAAGGUUUACCUGAAGAUUUGAAAUUAAAUGACUUGGUAUAUUUUAAAUAUGCGUCGAUAACGUCAGUAGAUGUGGAACGUUCGUUUUCAAUUUAUAAAAAUAUGCUGACCAACAACCGUCGUGCAUUUAAAUUUGAUAAUAUCAGAAAAUGUCUAAUUGUACAGUCAAACUUUACAGGAGAAGAGGAAGAAAAUGAAAUCGAACAUCAGUCGAAUUCGGUAAUAUAA